AUGCUCUUACGACCAACACCAGCCGACGUGUGCCUCGACUCCAUUCGCGUAUUACUCCUGUACGCCCAGUGGAUGCCGUUCCGUGCAGAAGGGACACAUUUGAAGAGUCGGUACAACGAUGUCAGCGCGUGGGCUGUCUUGGGCCUCGCGGUGCGCUACGCUGUAUUCCUAGGACUGGAGCGCUCUGUGCUUGCACCGCUCCAGAAUGAGGUCUUGGGGGACGAGGACAUGUCGCGAUUCCGCGUCUGGAUCAACCUCGUUACGUGCGACUGCAACCUGAUGCUGUCGUCUGGUCUUCCUGCCAGUCUCGAUCCACGGCCUACCGCAUCGGUGUCACGCAUCAUCUACGCUCGCGCCGGUGAUGCGCAGCCACCUGAUCUCCGAGUCACUGCCCUCAUCGAGCUGGCAGCUAUUGCGUACCGCGCUCUCCACUGCGAGCCCCGCAUCCUGGAUGUCGCCCUUCUCAAGAAGGCCAACACGGAAAUGGACGAAUGGGAGGCAUACUGGGUUCAGAGGUUACGAGUAACGCCAUCCCAGCAUAUCCAUUUGCCAUUCACGUCCCUACGGAUGUAUCGCCUCACAAUCAACAGUACCUGUCUUGGUCCAUUGCUAUCGUCUUCGUCCCAGGCCUCCCACCAGCCGCUCCAGCUCCACUUGCUGCAGUCUCUGGACAUCUGUUUGACUGCUGCGGCUCAGACGAUCCUCGCCCUGGCCGACACGGGUGGGACUGCUGUGUGGUGCCUGCAGUCGCAAGACGCAACGACAUUUCCACCGGGACCGUUCGAGGUCGACACUGAAGCCCUUGACAAGAUCUACUAUGCAGUGGACUCUACCUGGAUAUCGCAUACGUUCGCCGUCACCUUUCUUGCGUUGUGCUACGUCCGUGGCGUGGUGGACGGGGCUCGUGCCGAAUCAGUGCUCGGUCGCUUGCUCACCCUCGCUGCUGCCGUGUUCUCAGCCAUCAGCCCCCGAUCGUCUGCCCAUCCUGGACGCGACUUCCAGCCUGUGGUUCAAAACGCGACCACCCUUGUCCUUCAAGGCUUGGUACAACAGACCGAGACCAGUGACCCGCACGAUACGGACCUCGCGCUGCAGCCUCUGUUUGACCUCAUGACCGAUGCGGGACUGGAGUGGCCAAGCAGCCUGCUUGUUGACAGUACCGCCACACCAACUGGCUGGGGCUGUGGAAUAACAUUGUGA